AUGGGACGGGCGAUACACGUUGUGACCGUCAUCUCGCUGAUGGCACCGUUACUGCUGGCGCGACGAAUCCAGCUCGUCAACAUUAGCCCGGAGGAGGCACAGCAGCACAUCACCCAGCAGAGUCUGGACCUGAGCUACGCACCGAAGCUGGGCGAACAUCCGUUGGGUUAUGCGCGCAAAUUGCAAGACCCGUCCGCUGCCACCUUCUACCACAACGGGCGCAUCAUCGAGCACCCGGAGGACUACGUCGAGGAGGAGUACGAAGCAAAACAGUUCCACGGCCAGGAUGGGCUUGGCAGGGCGAUGUUUGGCUACAGUGACCACAACCAGGCCCGCUUGGAGGCUCGCAAUGCGAACGGGGAGGUGCGCGGCUCGUACCAGUACAUCAAUCCGCUCGGCGAGGACGUAGUGGUGCAUUACUGGUCCGACGGACUCGGGUUCCAUCAGGUGGACAACCGUCAGGUGGAGCUUCCGCAGCCGGUCCAGGAAACGGACGAAGUGCGCGAAGCUCGUCUAGCCCACAUGCGAGCCUGGGAGGAAGCGGCCAGCCUGGCGCGUGCGAAUCCAGACGUGAUGUCCGACGAUGGGCCGUUCCCCGGUGUGCAGAGCAAUGUGGUGGACGAUGAUGAUGAGAGUGAAGUGAUGCCGGCCCUUUCGAACCAACACCAAAGCCUCAUCCGCUAUCCGAGUCUACCGUACUCGGACCACAUUUCUCCGGAGUUCGGCGAUAGUGGCGCCAUCGACGGUGCUCUCGGUGACGAGGCCGUCGUGGUGGAAGCCGUCCGAGCUUUAGCCAAACGGCAGAGUGAUAGCGAGAAUGACGUUGUGACAGGCGAACCGAAGGGAUUCUUUUACAGCUUUGAUUAUCCCGUACAAUUGGUGGCCGAAACGGCCGCCAAGCGAGCCCGAGAUGCAAAGGAACAGAGUGGAGCUGAGGUGCCAAGUCCGCAGGCCUCGGUUGCAGUGGAAACCAAGCAGCCCAACGUACCGAAGACAUCGUUGCCGGCGACUGACGAAAGAGUUUCACUGAAGGCCGUUCUGAGCGGCGAAACGCUUGUCGACGCGGUGCACGAUGCACAGGUCUCUCCCAAGCAGAGACUGGCCGCCAAGGCGUAA